GCAGCAGUCAACUGUUUCUGACCUCAACAUGUUACAAAGAAACCAUAUUUUGGGAAUGCAUUAAAAUAUUAAAAAGAACCACUGGACAUUUUUUAUGCAUCAAACACAUAAUUGACCAAUUUGAUGUCAUGCUGUGUUUGAUGAAAAUUCUCACCCAUUUAUUUUUCUGGACACUUAAUUGAUGCAUACAUGUUAAAUGCUGAGUUUUUCCAUUAGUGUAUUCUGAAGCUACGAUUGAUGCAAGUAGAGGUGCAACACCAUAAUAAGAUCAUAGAUCAAAUUUAUUCUUUAUUAUUUAAAAAGAACAAAGCUAAAAUGUUUAGUUUUGUGCAUUAACAUUGUUUGUUUAUUGUACUACCAGAUUCUGUCAGCUGUCACUGUUUGAAUUUUUCGCCGAUUUGAUUGGGGUUUGUAGGCAAGCAGUUUCUUAAAUGUAUUGGCAGACAGCAUGCCCUGUUUAAUAUAUACUCCCAGAUAUUUAACAAAUUGCAGUUGUGUGAUUUGACAAAGUGGACACCUGCAGUUGCAUAAUGUUUUUUUCAUAAUCAGUUACAUUACAGUAACUUGCUCAAGCCAUAUUUAUCAUAUUCAAUUCUGCCCUCUGUAAUAUUAUUAUUAUUUUAGCUAUUACAAUAAUCUUGAUGUUACUUCUAUUCAGCAAACGAAUGGUCUUGUGCCACCAUGAUCAUGCCAACAGUCUACGGCAGCAUCUGUCUCCUGGGUGUGAUUGGGAACGGGCUUGUCCUCUACACAGUGGCCCGGAAGACCACGCUACACUGCAAGCACACUGCCGCCGACAUCUUCAUGUUCAGUCUGUCUCUGGUGGACCUGCUGUUCCUGCUGGGCAUGCCCUUCCUCAUCCACCAGUUGGUGGGCAAUGGGGCAUGGCACUUUGGGGAGACCAUGUGCAGAAUUAUUGCAGGCGUCGACGCCUCCAGCCAGUUCACAAGCACCUACAUCAUGACUGCCAUGACUCUGGACCGUUACCUGGCCACAGUCUACCCGCUUCGCUCCUCCUACUUCCGCACACCCUCUGUGGCCUUGGCCGUGGUGGCUGGAGUGUGGUUCCUCUCCCUCCUCACCAUCACCCCAGUCUGGCUCUACACCCGCCUGAUGCCCCUCCCUGACGGCCAGGCGCGGUGCGGCAUGGUGCUGCCCAAUCCAAGCCAAGAUAUCUACUGGUACACCCUCUACCAGUUCUUCCUUGCGUUCGCCAUCCCCUUGGUGGUAAUCUGUGUGGUCUACAUCAGGAUCUUACGCUACAUGUUGGCCGCCGUUGCCCCCCUCCAGCACAGCAAUCUGGAGGGCCGCACUAAGAAGGUGACCCGCAUGGCUAUCGCUAUCUGCACAACGUUCUUCAUCUGCUGGGCCCCCUUUUACUUCCUCCAGCUGGUUAACCUGGGGGUGACCAGCACCCCUUUUGAGAUGGCCUACAUGGUGGCCAUCGGGCUCAGCUACUCCAACAGCUGCAUCACCCCCUUCAUCUACAUCCUACUGAGCAAGACCUUCAAGAGGAAGAUCGGAGUGGCGUUCAAUCCUUCCAAGAGGAAGGUGCCUUCCACUCAGCUCAUUCCUGCAGAGGACGGCAGACCCAUGAUGGCUCUUUCCCAAUCCUCGGCUCGCCACGCUGAUCUAUAAACGCAGAUAACGGCAGCGAUGUUCUGCUCUAAAUUGACUUACAAUAGACUUGAAACACAGGUCCGUUACUGAAUUGUCAGACUUCAAAGCAAAGCAGCUUCAAAGAAAUUGUGCAUGUUAAACAAAAAAAGCCUUGCUGUGUAACUCCACAUAACAAAGACACGAUUGGCUUUGAAGAUAUCAAGGUUAAAACCUUGAAGGGUAUGUGUGAUCUCAUGCAUAUAUAUUCACCUUUUGUAAUUGAAUUUAAAUUGUAGUUUAAUAAAAACUGCAGUUAUUCCACAAAUGAGGAUAGCUGAAUAACCCACGAGCCUCCGAAGGGGCAGACUAGGUUAAUGCUAUCCUCAUUUGUUUAAUAACCACAGCACUCUAUGUACGUUCAUGGUGUAUCCUAGUAUCUUUGGGACCAUGACUAUGAAGAAGUUACGGUGUGCUCUGGUAAUGUGUCCUGAAUUUCCACCUACCUGAUCAGACCUCUCUUGUAAAACAUAUCUUAAUCUCAUUGGUUAAAAUGAAUAUAUUUACACCUUGGAGGAUUUGACAAGUAUGCAGUUACUGGUUAUAGAAACCUACAGAAAUAUUGAUCAAUUUCUGCAGACAAUGCUGAUAACUAUAAAUCUACCAUGGUACAUCAGAUGAUUCUGCCUUUUGAUCCAUCUGAGAAAAUAAUAUGUUGGAUACAUGUUAAUAUAGUUAUGUUUUAGUUAAGCGUAUUAAAUGGAAGAAUAAUUAAUAUGCAGCUUCUAAUAAUUUGUUUAAGCAUAAAAUAGAAAAACAUUUUGGCCUGCUUCUGCAAUGUAUGUGUAAGUUUGAUUUUUAUUUUAGCCCAAAGAAAGAGUAAUUGCAUAUAAGAGCGAUAUAAACACACUAAAUAUAUAUCAUACUAUCUUAUACACAGCAUGGGGCAUGUGCAGUACUGUUUAUGUGUUCUGUGAGAUUUGUGUGAAUGGAACGGCCUUGCUACAGCAAAACAGAAAUAAACACGAUGGUUAAAGCAAAGCACAUCCAAGCGUAUUCGCCUCAUGUUACUCUGCGGGCUCCCUGCCGUGCACCAAAUAAGAGCUGCUGAAAGAGAACGCAAUUAAGAGAAAAUGUGUUUUCAUCUUAUAGGCCAUGGAUAUUCAUGAGGCAUGACACACAAUCAAAUUAUUGAAGCCGUUGCCAAACACUUCAACCUCAACCAUUUUAAUUCAUAGGUCAUCUUAAUCAGCCUGACAAAGGCUGUCUGUAGCUAACAAGACAAUAUAAUUAGUUUUUGUUUUUGUUUAGGUUAUUUGGAUUGAGCACUAGAGCUCGGCAUAAAUAACCAGUUUCUUUAUUUUCGUAUGCUUAAGACAGAUGGGGUGUGUGGCAGAGGGGUUUGGUUAGCUUUCAACUAGACCUUGUUUUGAUAGGAGUGAAAGCUUGUUAGCAUUUAUAAAAACACUGUAGGGUAGUAAUUAAUAAUAAGAAACCUGGUUAUAAAAUGAGAUGAAAGGUACAAUAAGAAAUUUCACUUGGUAAAUGUACAACCACCUGGUGUGCAGAAUCAUACAUUCAGGGGAGAGCGGUUCAUGUCCUGGCUGUGCCAAGUCUUUGCUUGGGAUUUCACCAGGAGCAUUGCAUCGACUCUUACGCUCCCUCAAGUUAGGAAGGGAAAAUCGUCUGGGAAUAGUCCCCUACCAGCCAGGCACCCGAUGAGCAGAAACUUGCAGGGCCUAGUAGCUUGCCGACACCCGCAGUGGAGCACCUAGGGGUAGAGGCGAGGCAAUUGGCAUGACCACUGACUUUCAAUCCUCCUGAGCUGUUGUAGGGGUUUGCUGCGUUGAGGGAACAUAACUUGGUAGGAGAAUUUGAAGACAAUUGGCCACACUAAAUUCAAUUGUGCUAUUCUAUGAACAUGAAAAUGUAUUUCUAAUUUCUCAUACCAUGGAGUCCUGGGAUAAGCAUACUUCCCUGUGCCUUCUCAAGUGCAAAAUGUCUUUUCAGCAGGCAGGUGACUGGAUCAGUUUUUUGCCUUGUUUCUUAAAUAAUGCUCUGUUGAAGUGCUGAUAACAGUCCAUUUUAAAUGCACUGUAUUUGCUUGCGGAAGUAUAGUAUAUUGAAAUCAUGUUAUUGAACAGUAGCAUUGAAUAGUAAUUGAAACACUUUAAUUGAUAUAUAAUAUGUGUGUUUUAGAUAGAGAGCACAACCCCUUCUGAAACAUCCUUUAAAUAUCAAUGUGGAAUUAAGGACCUGUAGCAGCAGUUCAUUUGUAUUGACAGUAAUUCUUCUUCAGCAUUAUAAAUCAUUAAAGACAUAAUAACUCCACUCUUGGAAUACUGAGCACCCUUUAAAAAUAAUAUAUUUGAUCAAAUGAUAUUUCCUUAGUGACAGACUGACACAUGUCAUGAAAAUGUAAUUUUGAAUAAGUUUAUUAUUUCAUGGUGCUUAGGCUUCACUGACUUGUGUUUAAAUUAAUUUUCAAGUGUUUUAAUUGUUUUAAAGCAUGUGUGAAUCUAUCUGUCACCAGCUGAAACUUUUGAGCUAUUAAAUGUAGAGUACUGGUAGACAGGGUUGUCUCGGUCCUGUUUUACAUUCAUUCUUAAAUACUGCAUCAUCAUUCUACCAAUACUGACAAAUGUUUUGACUAGUGUCUCUUGAUUGAGAUAAGAAAUGCAAUAUAUUUAUGGUAAUGUGAUUUUCCUGUGACUCUGGGCAGACAAAGGGUGGGCUAGUUUUGCCUUUUAGUGUGAGUGAAAAUUCUAUUUAUUAAAUUUGUACACAAAACCUGGCCUGAAGUUGAAAAAUGUUAAAUUAAUUAUGAAUAGAAGGAAGUGUUAGCUACUGAGGUAAUAAUGCCUCCCUCCUGAGGAGAAUAAUCAAAGACAACAUAAACUGUUUUAGAUAUACAGCCAAGUGUUCUCUGGUGUGUGUGUGUUUUAAACAAGAACCUGUACUUAAAUACCUGAUUACCAUCAAUAAAUAGGCAAGCAACUAAGCACCUUCCGUUUGAGAUUUGUGACCUUUCUUAUCAUUGUGAUACACAUAUUUUUAGAUUACACUGGAUUCUGCUGGUAAUGUCUAAAACAUCACCCACACUUUCUCUGCUUUUGAUAUUUUGAAAAGCAACUGAUAUUUUGCAGCAUUCAUUGAUCCUUCUACAAUACAAAGGUCACCAGUGCCAUCCAUCACACAACCUCAACUAUUUUUAACACUGGGCAUGAUGAAGUUUUGAUUAACUCUCCCUCCAAACAUAUUGUUGCUUUCUUGGUGAAAAAAGUUAUAUUUUGGAUUCGUCUGAUCACUUUAUAUUUUUCAAUUUUCUAAUAAAAUCAGUUUUGAAAUACUGUACAUAUUUUCAAUUUUCCAUCUACUGUACUUAAUAUUUUUGUGUAAAGAAAUUCAUUGUAACUCCAUAACAUGGCCGAAUAUGUUGUUACACUGUGUAAUGUUGUGUAUAUAUAGUAUAUUGUAGUUUAAUGUUUGAAAAACACUAAGUUGCC